CAAAAGGAAUACAAAUAUAGGCACGUGUUCUACGUAAAGAGACGUUAGGAGCAAGAAACGAAGGACUCAGAGAAGAAACAAGAUGAGAAGAAAGAGAUUGACUUUGAAGAUAAGAAGUAAAAAGAGAUUUAGCAACAAGAAGCUUAAGCUGCCUUAUGUUUCAUAUGCUCUCCCACCCAUUGUGCUGUUUUGCUUUUGCGUUUUCUUUUACUGUCACUUCUUUACUUCAUCUCCGGCAAAUGAGCCUCCUCAUUCCAUCUCCAUCUCCAACCACUCUUCUCUUGCCAUUUCUACGGAGCUUAUUCCCCAUUCCAUCUCCAUCACCAACCAUUCUUCUCUUUCCGCUUCUCCGCCUCCGCCUCCACCUCCACCAGUUUAUGAGAAACCUAAUGAUCAAAAAAUAGUUUAUGAGAAGCCAUGUGACUACACCAAUGGCAGAUGGAUCCGUACCAAAAGAAAUCCUUUAUACAAUAGUACCACCUGUGUCAACUUGAAAGAAAGCCGGAAUUGUAUCGCCAAUGGUAGGCCUGAUUUGGGAUUCCUUUACUGGAAAUGGAAACCAAGUGAAUGCUAUCUUCCAAGGUUUGAACCUAACACUUUUCUCCAACUCAUUAGCAACAAGCAUGUAGCUUUUGUUGGGGACUCUCUCUCAAGGAACCACCUAGAGUCCCUCCUUUGCAUGUUAAACACUGUUACAAAACCAAACGGAUUCAGCCACCAAAGUUUUACUAGGUGGCUUUUUCCUUCUCACAACGCAACCUUGUCCUUCUAUUGGUCCCCAUUUCUUGUACAAGGUGUUGAAAGAAACAAUCAGGGACCACGCUAUAAUAAUUAUAACAAAAUUCAUUUGGAUCAUGCUAAUAUGAGGUGGGAAAAGGAUAUGGAUCAAAUGGACAUGAUUGUGUUGUCCUUAGGGCAUUGGUUUUUAAUUCCUUCAGUUUUCUACUGGGAUGAUAAAGUUAUAGGAUGCGUGAACCGUCCUGUUUCUAAUUGCACCACCGACAUUGGUUUUUAUGGUCCAAUAAGAAGGGCCUUAAGGACUGCUCUUAAUAGCAUAAUUAAGAAGAAGGUGAAAAAGGGAAAUGGAAUUGAUGUAAUUUUGAGAACAUACUCGCCUUCUCAUUUUGAAGGUGCUUGGGAUAAGGGGGGUAUUUGUUCAAAGACUGAGCCUUAUAGAGCGGGGGAGAGGCAACUUGAAGGAGAAAAUGCUAUGAUCAGAAGGAUUCAGUUUGAAGAAGUGGAGAGGGCUAAGGCAAGAGCCAAAGAAUUGGUAAAAGCUAAGCCAAAAGCUGAAAAAUUUAAAGGGUUUAGGUUGGAGGUACUUGAUGUAACAAAAUUAGCAUUGUUGAGACCAGAUGGCCAUCCUGGUGCUUAUAUGAAUCCUUUCCCAUUUGCUAAGGGGGUUUCAAAGCAUGUGCAGAAUGAUUGUGUUCAUUGGUGCUUGCCCGGGCCUAUAGACACAUGGAAUGAGAUUUUUCUUGAGAUGAUGAAAAACAUGGCACAAGCAGCCGAGGAGUGAAGAGUAAAGCAUUCUUCAUAACAUGUUGAUUCAUUGCAUUAAUUUUUCUGCCAUAUAGGUAUGUGUUGCAUUAGAAACUAGAAAGGGUAUGUUAUUUCUAUUUGGUAGAAAACAUCAAUUUUAGGCUUGGUAAGAAGUAGAAGAAGAAAAGUAGGUAAGGGAAAAAAAGAAAAGAAUAAAAAUAGGGAGAAAUAAGGAUUAUUUGAUAGAAGAGAAAUAGAAUGAAAAUAAAGGUGAAAUAUUUGAAUUAAAGUAGUUUGGUAUUUGAAAAAGAAAAAAAGAAGUUUACAAUGUAAGUAUGUGUUGUCCUUCCACAUUCGUGCCUUAUUUAAUUUCAUUUUGUUAAGCGUAGUUUGAUUUUCUUAUUUUAAUUAAGUUGCAUGCAUAUUCGACUAUGUUGAGCAUAAUCUAUCAAGCUUAAACAAUUAUGCUCCUCCAUAAUAUAUGUUGGACGGCAAAAUGACACAACUCGGUGCAAGGACAAUAUGUGUCUUUAUUCCAAUAUUGUAAAUUUUCAUGCCUUUCUCAUGUUUGAGGGUGGAAGUACUGUGCUGCAAGAUCCACUGAAAAAUUCAAAAAAUCCACUUAUAUUUCAUGAUCACAGCUGUCAAAGUACUGAAAUUUAUUGAAAUUUGUGUUUUUCUUUUUU